AUGAAUUGGCGUGCCCUGGUGUUGGCGGCACUGCCGUAUCUGGUCCAGGUCGACGCCUCGUGCACCGGCCUGUCGGACGACUGUCCCUCCAACCCGAGUCCCCUUCGACGCUUCAACCCCCUCAACUUCCACGUCAAGACGUGCGACUUCAAAUGGACGCAUGGAUGCACCAUCCUGGACAAGCACGGCGGGCUGCAGCAGAAGCCGCCGCCGUUCUCGCUGUGCAACUCCAAGCACCGACCGUCCGGGCUGCUGGCCACCGACGCUUAUACGCUGGCGCUGCAGAAGAACAACUUUGCCCCGGGCUCGCCCAGCGUCACGCUGCACGGCCUGUGGCCCGGCUCGGUCAAUGGCCGCGGCGCGAAGAACCAGCCCAUGGGCUGCCAGAACGGCGAAGAAUUCGACGAAUCGUACCUGACUACCUUUAAAACACUGCUGAACUACUACUGGCCGACCGACGCCCAGUACAACAACACCAUGAGCUGCUUCAUCCUGUCCGAGUGGAUGAAGCACGGCACCUGCGCCGUCAUCCCCGGAGCCGAUGGGACUGCGUUCCGGCUGCCGCAGGAGGCGUAUUACCGCACCGCUUUCGUGCUGGCCAACGAGUACAACGCCAACCCGGUGCUGCAGAAACAGCUGCAGGAGCUGGAGCCGCUCGUUAGCACCAGCUGCGUGCAAUGCGCGUAUCUCGCCACAGUUGGCUGGAUGGACAACACGGUGGACAGCGUCCCGCGGAUGUCGAGCGACUGUAUCGAUCAGUGCUUUGCAUGCGGCGACGACUGGGACACCUGCCCUCCGGCCAAGCUGGACAGCACCGUCGUGUUUGACCCCAGCAACGCACCCCAGAGCAGUGGAACCAAUGCUAGUAUGCCUCUGGUGGACUUUGGGUUGCCAGUCCUGUCACAAAAUAUUGAUACCGUCUCCCCGUGGAUAGGCACAUGGCGCUCGUUUGGCGCCGAGCAGCUCGGGUCGGGCAAGUUUGAGUUCGCCCAGACCUUCACCGAGAACACUCUGACCGUCACCACCGACAGCCCGUACCCCAACACGUGCGCGUACGAGAUUCGAUCCCCCGGAGAAAUUGUGCUGCGAAAAUGCGGUAAGAAGAAGGAUCACUUGGAAGACUGCCUGGUGCGGCGGCUGCCGGACAUUGGUGGCCUCGAGGUGGCCUUUUUGGCGUGUAACUACACCGGGACCCCGGCUCCGGCCAGCUUCGACGUUGCAAUGGACACUCCCGGCUGUGGAAACUUUCUCAUGUUCCGCUGCAAGUCGUCCUCGGAGGGCUGUUCCUUUUUGCCCGACAUCAGCCCUGCCGCCGCACUGCCAGCGGCCAGCAAACAUGAAGCGUCCAAGGAUAAGCCCACUCCGAGCCCCAAUCAGCCGGGCAUUGCCGGAGCACCGCCGGCGCUUCUGGGCGUAUGGCGCUCGCUCCAGGUUUCCGAGAACUAUCAAGAGGGUCUGGCUCGAUGGAAUUUCACUGCCGACGGCCAGGCGUCGCUGAAAUGGAUGAACUACCCCAGCCGCGUCGAGGAGCGCUACGCAGUCACCCACUCCGAAGACGACCACGACCUGGUAUACCUCGCCAGCGCCAGUGGCAGCAUCACCACCUGCCGCUUCACCUUCCAGUACGAUGCGGUGUAUUCCUACGCGGUGCUUGACUGCGGUGCGCCGAACCAGGUGGCGCCCGAUCUGGCGGGAAGCUUCCUGCCGCCGCACACGCAAUGGGCCAUGGGGCGAUGCAACCCGUGCAGCUCCAGCUGUCGAUACUCGUGCGGCCCGGAGAACGACUACUGCGGGGCCGGAUCGUGCGACUCGGCCGGCACGGACUCGGUGCCGGCCAACACACUGCCUGGCGAUGCACAAAAACAUUUAGCCGGCGCAGCAGAGCCCAAGCCAAGCCACAACUGGUGCACGCCCAAGGAUUCCAGCUGCUGGCCCACCAAGGCCGCCAUCCAGAAGCUGGAGCAAGAGCUGGAUCCCAAAGCACCACGGCUCGGCCUCCAGUGGAGCAGCUACCCCCAGCCGCAGCCGGCCCCGGUGCCGACGGGCUCCAUCAACAACCAGUCCUUUUACGGCCUCGGAGACACGCCCACGGGACUCAAGGCCUUGUAUUACUACGAGGAUGUGAAUGAGAUGCAGCGCCCGUGCUUCAAGGCGUCCGGCAACGCCACCGAAUGGAACCACGCGUCGGACAUGUGCAAGGCGGCCCUCCACCAGAACGAGUACCGCGACUGGAACCCCUUCAUUGUCGUCUUCCCCCUCAACGAGCACCAUGUCGCCAGCGCCUUGGAGUUCGCCGCCCGCCACCGGCUGUGCAUCGCCACAUCCGGCACGGGCCACGAGUACAACAGCCGCAACUCGUGCCCGACUGGCGGCAUCCUCAUCCGCACCAUCCUGUUCAAGGACAAGGCCUUCCUGCCCAGCUUCAAGCAAGACCCGACCCUUGCCCCCCACGGCGCAUUCAAGUUUGGCGCCGGCGCCGUCUUUGCCGAGAUGCACGCCUUCUCUGCAAAGUACAACCGCGUCAUCGCCUCGGGCUGGUGCUCCACCGUCGGCAUGGUGGGCUUCCACCUCGGCGGCGGCCACGGGCCCUUUGCGCCGUCCAUGGGCCUUGGCGUCGACAACGUGCUGGAGUUUGAAAUCUUGCAGAUUGACAAAGACGGCGCCGUCCACAAAAGGGUCGUCAACCGCCAGCACAGCCCGGACCUCUUCUGGUCCAUGCGCGGCGGCGGCGGCGGCGUGUGGGGUGUCAUUCUCUCCAUGACCAUCCGCGCUCACGCCGUGCCGGACGGAGGCCUCAGCCGCGUCUACAUGCCCCAAAGCGGCACCUUUUGCCCCGGUUCGAGUCCGUUUGGCUACGAGUGGCUGCGGACCAUGUGGAAGGGCUUCGCUGCCUGGAACCUGAUGCUGAACCAAAAGGUCAGCACGCAGCCGGGCUUCUUCAUCAACACGACUAAUUACGCGACGGGCGGGCUCUGCGCAGUCACAUGGCAGUUCAACUUUGAGUACUUCUACGCGGGCGGACAGAACGAGCCGGAUUACAUUCUGUUCCGCGACAAGCUCAAGGAGGUGCUUGGGGGGCCGACCGUGACGGAGACCAACUUCAAGUCGGCCUUUGAGUACAUUCUCUCCAUGCCGCCCGACAAGUUCUUGCUCAACGUCUUCAACCCGCUGCCUGCUCCGCACCCGCCGUCUGACGCUGCUACGGGUUCCCAAAACUCGGUGUUUGUGUCGCGAAAGGCCAUGGAGAACCGGUUUGCGUCCACGAUGAUGGACGUGCUGGAUAUCUGCGUGGAAUCUUUGAAGAAUCCGGACCCGACAUCGCCCGGUCCAGGAGGCAGUCGCUGUGGCUUCCACUACCUGUACACUUCUGUGACGGGCAACAAGGGGAGCACGCAGCCAGACGACGUGUCCAUCUCGCCGGGCUUCCGGUCGGCCAUUAUGUUGUGGAAUGCCAGGACGUUGUCGACGAAGCAGUCGGAGGACACGUUAUACAAGAUUGGGCCGAAUAGCUAUUUCUCGGAGAGCUCGUAUGUGAUGCAUAACUGGACGGAGAGGUACUGGGGCGAGGAUAACUAUGAGGAGUUGCUGUGGAAUAAGCAGAGGCAUGAUCCGGGGAAUAGGUUUUGGUGCCAUCAUUGUGUGGGGGAUGAUCCGAAUGAUGCGUAUGGAGAUCCGCUUGGUGUGGCUGGUCGAUCAUAA